AUGUUAAUCAAAGAAUAUCGCAUUGGGCUGCCCAUGAGUGUGGAUGAGUACCGCAUUGCACAGCUUUACAUGAUACAGAAAAAGAGUCGAGAGGAAAGUCAUGGGGAAGGCAGUGGGGUAGAAAUCCUGACUAAUGAACCAUAUACUGAUGGUCCCGGGGGCGACGGUCAAUACACAUAUAAAAUAUAUCACAUUGGGAGUCAUCUGCCAGGAUGGUUUCGUGCCAUUUUACCCAAGUCUGCUCUCAUGGUUGAGGAGGAAGCCUGGAAUGCCUACCCUUACACUAAAACCCGCUACAGAUGUCCGUUUGUAGAAAAGUUUCUACUGGAGAUUGAAACAAAAUAUAUCAAUGAUGGUGGGGAACAAGAAAAUGUAUUUGACAUGUCAACAGGGGAGAUAAAACAACGACAAUUAGACUUCAUAGAUUUAGUGAAAGAUCAGCUUCCCAGUAGUGACUAUAAGAAGGAGGAGGACCCCAAACUUUACAGAUCAUCCAAGACUGGCCGUGGCCCAUUGACUGACAGCUGGUGGGAAGAGUACAGUCAGGAGUCAAGGGUCAAAGGGUCAAGCAAGGCAAUGAUGACUGCCUAUAAAUUGUGUCGGGUCGAGUUCCGUUACUGGGGCAUGCAGAACAAAAUUGAGAGAUUUAUCCACGAUAUAGGUCUGCGGAAAACAAUGCUUCGCGCUCACAGACAGGCAUGGUGCUGGCAAGAUGAAUGGUUUGGACUCAAACUCAGUGACAUUCGACAGUUAGAACUUGAAACACAACUGGCUCUUGCUGCCAAAAUGGCUGCCACCACAAACCACAACGAAGAUGAUGAACUGCAAGAGGAAAACCAAAAUGAGAUUGAAAUAAAUAUUAAUGUCAGACCGAAAAUUCCUGUAUCUGUCUCCAAUCAGGAGAUUGGAUGUGGCAAACAUUUUAAUGACCAAGUUGUGGAGGAAGCCAUUAAUCCAAAUUCUAAUGUGUCACAUAGACAGUCCUUCUCCAAUUCUUCAAGGUCAAGGUCACAAGGCACUAACAGUCGAGAUAUAUCAGCUUCCCGGAUAUUUGAAAGUUUAGAGCGACUUCAGGAAUCAAGCUCGGAGUCAGAGGACGAAUUCUAUGAUGCUAAAGAUGCCAGUUUUUGUGACUCUCAGUUUUCGUCUGACCUUGGGUCAGAUUCUGAUGUGGAUUCUGAGGAAGAACAAGAGUCUGAAGGAGCUAUGAUGGUUCGAUCUUCAUCCAACGAACUCAUCAACAGUAACGACGAAUUUUCUGAUGCUGUGUCCACCAUGUCCUUUGAUCCUAAUGAUUCUCCAUUUGAGCGUCGCCUGACAAAGUAUAAAAUGCAUUACCAUGGUGACCGGCAGCAGGAGAAAGAGACAUCUCCGCCUCAUUCGGCUGGUUGUAAAUCAAACAUCUUGUUUCUGGUGCUUCAUGGAGGAAGUGUGUUGGACUCCAGUAACCUUGAGCAAGCUUCCAAGCGAGUUGACUUCAACAUGAUCAAGUCGACGUUUGAAACUGUGAUACGUAAUAAUUACCCAGGAGCUCUUGGCCACAUCGCGUUCCGUCUCGUCCCUUGUCCUCAGAUUUGUACUGAGGCCCUCAGUAUAUUGUCCAGUGUUAGUCCAUACAGUUUUGAAUCACAUUCGCCCACCACUGGAGAGACUGGGGUGAUUUGGACACAAGAGUUUGUUCCCCUAGGUGCCAUUUCGUUAUUUGUAACUUCCAACCCUGACUACCAAGAAUAUGUCAACAAGAUGGUCGCAAAGGCCAAUCUUAUUUAUCAUGAAUUUAUGUUGUCAGACGAGGGUAAAGGAUUUACAGGACAGGUCUGUCUGCUUGCUGAUGCUAUGGGAUCUUUAUUAGGGUAUGACGCCUUAUGUCAAGCAAACCCAAACUACACCCGUGGCCUCAGUACCUUUGAUAGUCAUUGUAGCCUCAACGACCCUGACUCCUCAACUCUUCGUCAAGAGCCAGAGAACGCUCAGAACUCUGGAAAUACAAACUUAGAAUCUUUGAGACAACUGAGUCACAGCGACCCAGAUUUGUGCUUAUCAUCUGCAGGUUUGAGUGAGAAACAACUUAGUAAAAGUGAUAUUGGACCUGCAGAGUGCAAGCUGAGACGUCAGUGUUCUGCUAAUGUACGUCCACAGCAUACCCACCUCAGUGUAAGUGACAAGGAGGACUGUGGACGCAGAACUAGUAUGGGCAGUUACAAUGAUGGCUCCCUAGUAAAGUUUGAUUUUGAUGUCUCGGAUUUCUUUAUGCUGGGUUCACCCCUUGGACUAGUUCUGGCCUAUCGUCGAAUGUUUUUUGGAGAUGAUCGUAAUUGGUGCCCAUUCAGCCCAGCAUGCCAUCAGGUGUAUAAUAUGAUCCAUUCAAGUGACCCGACAGCCGCUCGACUGGAACCAAUGCUUCACAGUAGCUUUAAACACAUCUUCCCCAUUAAAGUGCCACGCUAUACUAAAUUUCCUGUCGGGGAUGGAGAGCCUAUACAUGUUGUGGAGACGAUACAGAGUAACUUGUCACUGUUUAUCAAUAAUCGUCGAGGUUCCACAGGACCUAGUCUCCAGCGACAAAACAGCGUGUCCAGUGUGGUCAGUCAGAUCUCUGGCCUUGGAGAGUCCAUGGUGUGCAGUAUCACAAACGUGACUAGUAAGUGGUGGGGAAAUAAGCGUAUUGAUUUCACCCUCUACUGUCCAGAAGUCUUGCACUCCUUCCCUACAUCAGCCUUGCCCCAUCUCUUCCACUCCAGUUUUUGGGAAUCUUCAGAUGUAGCUGCCUUUGUACUUAGACAGAUUUUACGCCAUGACAUCCUCAAUUUGGAUAUGGAUAAAGAUCUGGAUCGUCUGACAGUCAGUCCAGAAUCUGUCAGUCUUCCUAGAGAAAAAUGGUUAAAGCGAAGGACCACCAUUAAAGUGAAGAAUCUGCAGCCAAAUCACCGUGGUAAUGAUGUCAUCGUUAUGGAGGACACAGAUCAGGAGCUCAGUGCCAGAUUUAUGUAUGGUUCCUUUGAUGUUACCUCAUUGUCAGGAGAAAAGGUGGAUGUUCACGUGAUGGACCAGUCUACAGGGGAAUGGAAGUUUCUUGGCACUGCAGUUACAGACAAACAUGGCCGCCUCAACUACACCAUCCCAGAGGAAAAACGCCUACAUCAAGGGAUGCAUUCUGUCAAGAUUGUCGUAAGAGGAGACCACAGCUGUGCCGAUUUCUUCCUGACAGUCUUACCACAGAAGACAGAGACUGUGGUAUUUAGUAUUGAUGGCUCGUUCACAGCCAGCAUGUCUAUAUCAGGUCGUGAUCCCAAGGUUAGGGCUGGAGCAGUCGAUGUUGUAAGGCAUUAUCAAGACCAGGGUUAUCUGAUCCUGUAUGUGACGGCUCGUCCAGACAUGCAACAUCGUAAGGUUGUGUCAUGGUUGGCCAUGCAUAACUUCCCUCAUGGCAUGGUGGCUUUCAUGGAUGGCCUCUCAAAAGAACCACUCCGUCAGAAACUCAACCAUCUCAAAGGAUUAGUGUCCAAGGCUGGUAUCGUGUACAAGGCAGCUUAUGGCUCAAACAAGGACAUCUACGUGUACCGGGAACUGGGACUUACAUCUCAACAGAUGUUUAUCGUUGGCAAGGCUUCCAAAAAACAGGCGGGACAGGCUCAGAUAUUGUCCGAUGGAUAUGCUGUCCACUUACAGUCAUUACAGCUAUUAGGGCGUUCUGCUGUGGGGAACGCACGCAUGUUUAUAAGAAAAGGGUGUAUGACAGUCCCCAAUCAGAGUGAAGGAAAGAAAAGUGAAGGCAAGCGGGCUGUGAAGAGGGUCUCCUCAAAUUCAGCACCAACGAGUGGUGGUGAUUUCCUCAAACCACAGGAUGUAUUGAUAACAGUGGGUGACACUGGUAAUACAAUCGUUCAGAACAGUCAGGCAGAUUUCCGUACCACAGCCCGUGCUCGAGGCUCCUCGCCACGACCUAAGGUGCCACUGUCGACAGAUGUGCCUCGAUGA